UGAAUGAAUAAAUUAUUGAUGACAUAGUUUGCAUCCCCCAAUCAUGAUUCAUAUUUUUUUUAAAAGAUUCGAUUCCACAAUGAAAAACAAUUUUUUAACCCAUAACAAUUAAAUAAAAGAAAUUCAAGAAUAAAAAAAUUAAACUAAGAAAGAUCCGAAUCUAAACUAUCGAACAUUCCGAAACUAAAAACCCUAAUCGUACGGUUGUCAAUCGGCAACAACUGAUCUUUAAAUCUACCACCAUUCGCCACCAUUCUUCCAACAAUGUCGAUUGGAAUCAUUCCAGCAUAAAACCUUUCUCUCUCCUCUAUUUUAGAAGAAAAAAUUACCCGAUUUCUUCUGUGUCUCUGUCAAAUAAUUUCUAAUUCACCGCCGGCAACCACCGUUACAAAUUUUCCGGUGGGUUAAGUUUCUUUGAAGUUUCCGGCCAGUGGGUUGGAGUUGGUAAUGAUUUCUUGAAACAUUUACCAUAAAACAGAAUAUACAAACAUGUCUCUGUUGCGUCUUUCUUGAAAUUAAUCUUUAUUUUAAGACACCCAAUUCGUUAAAUCAAAGAAAGGGUCAGUCUUUCCAUGUUUGUUUCCUGGGUUUGUUUUGAAAUUCAAAAGCUUUUGAAGGUCUCUCGAUUCUUCACUGAAAAACAUAUAUAGUUGUAUGUAUACCGGUGGUGGUGGAGGAUGGUGAUGACGGUGGCGUCGCGUAAAAACUCGUUGAAGACAGUGUUCGAGAGAGUCGGAGUUUAUGGAUUUGGUGCUGGGAGUAGCAACAGACAGAAAAGAGUAAGAUACGAGAUUCACGAUGAAGAUGACACCAUGGAAAUGGUCCAGCUUGGUGCUAAUAGAACAAAAAAUGUGCUUAUUUUAAUGAGCGACACCGGCGGUGGCCACCGUGCCUCCGCCGAAGCCAUCCGUGACGCGUUCAAGAUUGAAUUCGGUGAUGAAUACAAGAUCUUUGUGAAGGAUGUUUGGAAAGAAUACACGGGGUGGCCAUUAAACGACAUGGAAAAUCAGUAUAAAUUCAUGGUGAAACAUGUCCAGCUAUGGAGUGUAGCAUUUCAUGGCACUUCUCCUCGAUGGAUUCAUGGUGUUUAUCUUGCUGCAAUUGCUGCCUUCUAUGCCAAGGAAGUUGAGGCUGGUUUAAUGGAGUACAAACCAGACAUAAUCAUAAGUGUUCAUCCUAUGAUGCAACACAUUCCAUUAUGGGUACUUAAAUGGCAAGGAUUAGAAAAGAAAGUCAUAUUUGUGACUGUUAUUACCGAUCUUAACACAUGCCAUCGAACAUGGUUUCACCCUCGAGUCAAAAGAUGUUAUUGCCCUUCAGAAGAGGUAUCAAAGAGGGCUUUGUUAGAUGGCUUAGAACAAAACCAAGUACGAGUUUUCGGAUUGCCUGUUCGACCCUCGUUUGCACGCGCUAUCCUCAACAAGGAUGAUUUACGGGUAGAGUUAGAACUGGAUCCGGUGCUUCCUGCGGUUUUGUUGAUGGGAGGUGGUGAAGGAAUGGGCCCCGUGAAGAAAACUGCAAAGGCUCUUGCAGAAUCUUUAUUCGAUAAAGAAAAUGGAAAAGCUUUAGGACAAAUGAUCAUAAUUUGUGGCAGAAACAAAGCUUUAGCUUCUUCACUUGAAUCUUUAGAGUGGAAGAUUCCUGUUAAGGUUAGAGGAUUUGAGACACAAAUGCAAAAAUGGAUGGGUGCUUGUGACUGCAUCAUAACUAAGGCUGGACCUGGCACAAUUGCCGAGGCGUUAAUCAGAGGGCUUCCCAUCAUCCUCAAUGACUAUAUUCCAGGACAAGAAAAAGGGAAUGUUCCGUAUGUGGUGGGAAAUGGUGCGGGUGUGUUCACGAGAAGCCCAAAGGAGACGGCGAGGAUAGUGGCGGGAUGGUUCACCAACAACUCAGAUGAGCGCAAGCAAAUUUCCGAAAAUGCCCUCAAGUUGGCCCAACCGGAGGCAGUGUUUGACAUUGUUAGGGACAUUCAUGACCUCGCGUGUCAACCAUCUUCGUCGGAUCAGAAGAAAAGUAUCCCUCCGUCGAUUAAAUUAAUCUCCGAUUUGAUUGAUCCGACAAUAAUCAAUUGCAGUUUAAUAUCAAGGGAGGAAAAUAUCUUGUGGCAAGAACUAAGAAGCAAUCCUACUUUAAACAUGGUGUACCACUCUAGAAUUGUGGAUUUGAAGGGAGUUAGUAAAGCUUGUGGGUGUCCCUUACUUCCUCUUAAAAACCAAACUAACCAAACAACUGGGCAUGCUCAUACUCAUGCUCCUCGUCUCUCUGAUCAAGGGGAAGAUAUUGUGGAUGAAGCAAUAAAGUUGUUUAGAGCAAAUGUGUUCUUCAAACACUUUGAUUUGAAAACUCCUGCUGAUAGGAUUCUUGUGUAUUUAACAUUUUAUAUAAAUGUGGCACUGAAGAGGCUGGAAGGUUGCAGAACUUUGACUGAAGGGACAAAAGCCAUUAAGAACUUGAGUUUGGAAGAUGUUUAUGUUCCUGGAGAACCUUCUUUUCCUUUUUCGGGAAUUUUUCCUCUUCCAGGAAGUAAAAAGGAAGCGGAGGUAAUUCGAGAUUAUUUCAAGGUAAUAAGGGAGGAAACAAAUAAAAGAUUGUUAAACGUCGCAUAUAGAGCCAAUGGGACUCCAAACAAAUGGUGGUUAGCAUUCUCCAAACGUAAGUUCAUUAACAAUCUCAUUGUUUAGACUCCAUUUAUCACAGAGUAUUAUAAUAUUCAAAACUAUUCCUCAAGUUACCUAUUCAUAUCACACAUGUUCCUUUAAUUAUUUAAUAAUAAAAAUCCGGAUAUCAGAAAAUAUCCAACUGACA